AUGUCCAAAACCCAACCAGAUUGGCCAGAACCAAUUGUUCGGGUUCAAUCUUUAUCUGAAAGCUGCACGGAUUCAAUCCCUGAAAGGUACAUCAAGCCCUCUGCUGAUAGACCAUCAUCCAUAAGCUCUAAUUUUGAUGAAGCCAACAACAUCCCCAUCAUCGACCUUGGAGGUCUAUGUGGUGCUGACCAUCAUGUCUCAUCCUCAAUUCUUAAGCAAAUCUCAGACGCUUGCAAGGAGUGGGGCUUCUUCCAAAUCACAAACCAUGGUGUUAAUCCCGAUUUGAUGGACAGGGUUAGGGAAACUUGGCGUCAAUUCUUUCACUUGCCCAUGGAGUUGAAGCAGCAAUAUGCAAACUCACCAAAAACUUACGAAGGGUAUGGAAGCAGACUCGGAAUUGAGAAAGGUGCUAUUCUUGAUUGGAGCGAUUACUACUAUCUUCACUAUCUUCCCUUGUCUCUCAAGGACAGUAACAAAUGGCCUUCCUUGCCUCCCAAUUGCAGGGAAGUGUUUGAUGAGUACGGGAGAGAGUUGGUGAAGUUAUGUGGGAGGUUGAUGAAGGCUUUGUCAAUAAACCUUGGAUUAGAUGAAAAGAUUCUUCAAAAUGCUUUUGGGGGGGAAGACGUAGGGGCAUGUCUAAGAGUGAAUUUUUACCCGAAGUGUCCACGACCAGAGUUAACACUGGGUCUGUCAUCACACUCAGACCCUGGAGGAAUGACUAUGUUGCUUCCAGAUGAUCAAGUUCCUGGUCUUCAAGUUCGAAAAUGCAACAAUUGGAUAACUGUGAAACCUGCACCCCAUGCUUUCAUCGUUAACAUUGGUGAUCAAAUUCAGGUACUAAGCAAUGCCAUUUACAAGAGUGUGGAACACAGAGUGAUAGUAAAUUCAGACAAAGAGAGGGUUUCUCUGGCAUUUUUCUACAACCCCAAAAGUGAUAUCCCCAUAGAGCCAAUAAAAGAGCUGGUAACACCAGAAAGACCCUCACUUUAUCCGCCAAUGACCUUCGAUGAGUACAGACUCUUCAUUAGAAUGAGAGGACCUCGAGGGAAAUCUCAAGUCGAAUCUUUGAAGUCUCCAAGAUGA